UGUACUUUUUAAAUGCAGAUUGGAUAAAAACACAGUGAUCACAGUUCACACCUGCAGUGAAGCCCCUCCCACAACAAUUCACCAAUAAAUACUGGGAAUAUUCCCAUCAUCCUACAAGAGAAGGACAAACUCCAGGAGUAGCAGCUGAAAUCUGUGUGACUGUUCAAGAUGGAGUUUAUUAAAGAGGAGAUUGAAGACAUGAGUGAUCCAGAACCAUCCAGAAUAAAACAUGAAGAUACUGAGGAACAAACAGACCAGGUGAGAGUGAAAGAGCAAAGACAAGAACUGAAUGAAGUGAAGGAGGAACAUCGUAACUUUACAAUUCAAAGAAGAAAAGCAAAAAAGACGCACACCUGCACUCAGUGUGGAAAGAGUUUCACACAUAAAGGAAACCUUAACACACACAUGAGAAUUCACACUGGAGAGAAACCGUACACAUGCACUCAGUGUGGAAAGAGUUUCACACAUAAAGGAAACCUUAACAAACACAUGAGAAUUCACACUGGAGAGAAACCGUAUACAUGCACUCAGUGUGGAGAGAGUUUUACUCAAGCAUCAACUCUCAGUGUUCAUCUGCGCAUUCACUCUGGAGAAAAACCAUUUAACUGUGAUCAGUGUGGUAAAGAUUUUAUUUCAUCAUCACAACUAAAAGUUCACCUAAAUGUUCAUUCAGAUGAGAAGCCUUAUGUGUGUUCUCUCUGUGGAAAGAGUUUUUCAUGGCUGGACAGUUUUAAACUGCACCAGAAAACACACAAUGAAGUGAGAGAUCAUGUGUGCUUUGACUGUGGGAAAAGCUUUACUACAUCUGAAUAUCUGAAACAGCACCAAAGAAUUCAUACUGGAGAAAAACUUUACACGUGCUCAUAUUGUGACAAGAGUUUCACUCAGUCUACACACCUGAAAUCACACGAGCGAGUUCAUACUGGAGAGAAGCCGUACGACUGUACUCAGUGUGAGAAGAGUUUUUCUCAUUCAUCAACUCUCAGUGUUCAUCUGCGCAUUCACUCUGGAGAAAAACCAUUUAACUGUGAUCAGUGUGGUAAAGAUUUUAUUUCAUCAUCACAACUAAAUCAACAUCUGAAAGUUCAUUCAGGUGAGAAGCCUUAUGUGUGUUCUCUCUGUGGAAAGAGUUUUUCACGACCAAACUGUUUUAAAUGGCACCAGAAAACACAUAAUGAAGUGAGAGAUUAUAUGUGCUUUGACUGUGGGAAGAGCUUUACUGCAUCUGGUGAUCUGAAACUGCAUCAACAAAUUCAUACUGGAGAAAAACCGUACAAGUGCUCAUAUUGUGACAAGAGUUUCACUCGGUCUGGAAACCUGAAAAUACACGAGCGAGUUCAUACUGGAGAGAAGCCGUACUACUGUACUCAGUGUGGGAAGAGUUUCACCCAAUCAAGUAAUCUAGUGACUCAUAUUAAAAAGCAUUGUUCUGUGUCACAGUGAGCAAAUGUUUUGUUAGAUUCACAUAAAGUAAAUGUGUUGUUAGUUA